AAUGAGACAUUUAAUUUUUGUUAAGAAGAAUAUGACUGAUUUCAGUCUCACCUAACUCCUGCUCGAAAAUGAGGUGAUAACACGUGCCACGUCACCUUUCCCCCUUUUCGCAAACUAUAAAAUUUUGCGCGCCACCACCUCCGCCGUCAUCAACCACUCAAAAAUGCAGCUCCGCAGUCAAGAAACAGCCGUGAUCCGCCCCAUCAAACCGCCGUUCGAUCACGAUCACGUCCUCUCUCUUUCCCACCUCGACACCGACCGCAACCUGCUCGUCACCCUCCGCUACCUCCGCAUUUACCCAAGCACACCCCACCAACAAUCCGACCCUUUCCACGUCAUCACCGCCGCUCUCUCCGCCGCCCUCCUCCACUACUACCCCCUCGCUGGAACCCUCCGCCGCCGCCACUCCGACAGCCGCCUCGAGCUCCACUGCCGCGCCGGCGACGGAUUGCCGGUUAUCGGCGCCGUCGCCUGCUGCCCCUUGAGCGCCGUCGACACCGAAGCCGAUUCGUCUUUUGCGGAGCUGCUGGUGCCCGACCCGGACCCGGAAGAAGACCCGAUUCGGCCGAUGAUUCUGCAGGUCACCAGAUUCAGUUGCGGCGGGUUCGUUCUCGGCACGGCUGCUCAUCACGCGAUUUGCGACGGUUUUGGAGCCACGCUGUUUUUCAACGCGGUGGCGGAGCUCGCGCGCGGGUCGGGUGAGAUCGGAAUCAAGCCGGUUUGGGAUAGGUCCGCAUUGCUCGGGCCCAGGAACCCGCCCCGUAUUGAGUACCCAAUUGGUGAGCUCUUGAGCUUGGAUAAGGAUUUCUCGCCGUAUACGAGUUCGGGUAAACGGGUCGUGAAGGAGUGUUUGAAUGUGGAGGAGGAGUGGUUGGAUCGGGUUAAGGGGUUGUUGUACAAGCAAUCCGGGUUGAAAUUUACAACUUUUGAAGCGUUGGGUGCUAUUAUAUGGAGCACCAGAAUCAAAGCCGAAAAAGUCCCUGCAAACGAGAAAGUAACAUUUGCAUAUUCAAUGAGUAUCAGAAACAUAGUAAAUCCAAGUCUACCCGCCGGCUACUGGGGCAACAGCUGCGUCCCGAUGUUUGUACACCUGACGGCGGAGCAGCCCAUAUGGAAAAUCGCGGCCGCCAUCAAAACGAGCAAGCAGCACGCCACCGGUGAGUACGUGGCGUCGUACGUGGACUUUCAGGAGCUCCAUUACGGGGAAGGGAUCAGCGGCGGGAGGAGAGUGAGUGGAUUCACCGACUGGCGGCACUUGGGCCAUUCGACGGUGGACUUCGGGUGGGGCGGGCCCACGGCGGUGGUGCCGCUGUCGGCGCGCCUCCUUGGGAGCGUGGAGCCUUGCUUUUUCUUGCCGGGGAAGGAAGGGAGGGUGAAGGUGUUGCUGCAUUUGGAGGAGAGUUUGGUGUUGCCUUUUAGGGGAGAAAUGGACAAGUUGAUCAACUUAAUUAGCAAUGGACUCUUGUCCGCUAUUUGAUAGUCAUACUUUAAUAUCAUCCAAAUACUCACUUCAUUAGAAUACGAGGAUUUGUGUGUGUUUGUUGAAUACAAAAACUAAGCAAAUUGAAAGUGGUCAACUUUGAUAAUGUGUAUUAUAGAGAAAGUACAUCCAAUGGUUUGGAUGUUUUAAUACAAUUGUAUGUUUUGUAAUUUUGCUAAUAUUAACGUGCGUAAUGUGGAUUAA